AUGGACAGUGCUCGUACUGAGAGAAGAAAACCACGGAAACUCAUGAAAGUAGACGAAAGUCUAUCUUCAUCUGAAUAUGUGAGGAAUAAUAGGAAAUACUGGAAUGAAGUGUUUCAUAAAAUGGAUACGUACCAACACACUGUCGAAAGCGAAAGCAAAAUAUUAGCAGAAGUGCUGCCAAAGGAAUUAUAUAAGAAAGUCUGUGCGUCUCUAAAUCUUCCAAGGACUGAAAUUGAGGAACCAAAGCCUGAAGGAUUUAAAGUAAAUCUACCUCGGCGUACAGUGAAAGAACCACAAAUAUCUACUAGGAAAUGCCUGUAUGUGAACAGGGAGUUGGAUUCCGACACCGACGUGGAGUUUUGCCCCAGUGACGAUGAAGAAGAGAAGCCGAAUAUUUAUCUGGACAUGUUAAAUAAACCAGUUCGGGAACAAAUAACAUGGCCGACCCGGUACUUACAGCCUGAGAAGGAAGAUGAGAAGAGCUUGGUCAAGAAGGCUGAUGAUCUUACUGAUAGAAUUGCCAAUGAAUUCUGUGAAUACAUGAAACAACUGGGAGGGGAUCAGCAGUCGAAGCUAUUUACACCUAAGGCUAUCAAGGAAUUGUUUCAAAUAGAAUUUGACACUCACGUAGCGCAGAGUCUGAGCGUGGUGCCCAAAGAACUGCCGUGUGUCGAAGAUAAAAUCGCCAACGUUACGGGAAAUCCUACGUUAUCCCGUUACGCGACAUUGAAUCGUGAGAUCACGAAGGACAUCAAAGCUGAACAUCGUACUCCAAACCUCAAGGCAUUUACCCAGAGCCUGCCGAUGCCCACGCAGUACCAUCCGCCACAGAACAACACCAAGAAACAAUGGAGAUCAACCCGACAUGUGCCCAAAGAACUCGUCACACUUAAAACUGUUUGGGAAGGAAUUACCAAUCUUAGGAGUGUGAAGGAGUAUUGUCGUUGGAUGAUCCAUCACCCAGAACAUCGUCGACCACCAUACUUGACAAGCCUUGGUCUUUUCGACCCUGCAGUACUAGACGCAAGGCUCACUUUCGAAUCGGAGUACCAGAUCACACCACCCAUGGGAUCUCCACAUGAGCCACCAGAACCCAUAGAAAAUAUCCGAACACGAGUUUCAGAUUCGAUUGAAUCCGAAUAG